ACGCUCUUGUGGAUUGUGCAAACAUCUCAAUAAAAGAUAUUCAAAAUAUCCACAAAAUGGGCUGCAAAUAACGAGAAAGUGCAGACCCCAAAACGAAAUCCAAAUCGAAACCAACCCAUAAGAAGAACAACAACUACAGGGAUAUCUAGCUAGCUAGUUAGCUAGAAAAAAGCUAAAUAUGCUGGCUAGCCACAUGCUCUACGUCCUCAUUGCCAGCUGUGUCAUGCCCAUUUUUGGGGCGGCGCUGAGCAAAACGGUGUUGUACCAGGCUCCCGACGAAUGCCGCUGGUCCGGCGGCGGGGAGCACGACAUCACCUUGGUCUGUCAUCUGCGCACGAUCAACUCGGAGCUGGAGAACACAAACUUCAGUGUGAUUCAGCCGCAUAACACAGUCCGAUUGCGUCUGGAGUGCAACGAUGCGUUGUUCUUCCAGAGCAGCCUAAGUCCGGACAGUUUUCGAUCUCUGGUGGAACUGAGGGAUCUAACCAUCGAGUACUGUAAGCUGGGAAAUCUCACCGAGGGCUCAUUUCGUGGCCUGCACGAGUUGAGGAAUCUAACAAUACGCACACACAAUGGUGACUGGUCCACGAUGUCACUGGAGAUGGCAUCGAAUAGUUUCGUGGAGUUCAGACAGCUGGAGCGCUUGGAUUUGAGCCUAAACAACAUUUGGCUUAUACCGGAUGGCAUGGUCUGUCCGCUGAAGUCGUUGCAACAUCUGAAUGCAUCGUACAACAAAAUCCAAGACAUCAGCAACUUUUACUUUAGCGCCUCGCUGAGCUCGAGGAAGUCGCGAGUUUGCGGCUCAACGCUGCAAUCUCUGGACCUGAGUGCCAACAAAAUGGUCAGUCUGCCGUCGGCCAUGUUAUCGGCAUUGGUGCGUCUGACCCACUUGAAUAUGGCACGCAAUAGCAUGAGCUUUCUGGCGGAUCGGGCAUUCGAGGGUCUCAUAUCGCUGCGUGUGGUGGAUCUGUCGGCGAACCGCUUGACCUCACUGCCCCCAGAGCUCUUUGCCGAGACGAAGCAGCUGCAGGAGAUUUAUCUGAAGAACAAUUCCAUUAAUGUACUGGCGCCUGGAAUCUUUGGUGAACUCGCCGAGCUGCUAGUGCUUGAUUUGGCCAACAACGAACUCAACUCGCAGUGGAUAAAUGUGGCCACAUUUGUGGGCCUAAAGCAGCUAGUCAUGUUGGAUCUGUCGGCGAAUAAGAUAAGUCGCCUUGAAGCCCACAUCUUUCGCCCUUUGGCCAGUUUGCAGAUACUGAAGCUGGAGGAGAAUUAUAUUGAUCAACUACCCGCUGGCAUAUUUGCCGAUCUCAGCAAUCUUCACACGCUCAUUUUGUCCAAUAAUCGGAUCUCGGUGAUUGAACAACGCACCCUGCAGGGUCUUCACAAUCUGCAGGUGCUCUCUCUGGACUAUAACCGCUUGGCCAGGUUAGAUCAGCGUGCUCUGGUCAACUGUAGUCAACUGCAAGAUCUGCAUCUCAAUGAUAACAAACUGCAGUCAGUACCGGAGGCAUUGGCACAUGUUCCGCUGCUGAAGACUCUGGACGUCGGAGAGAAUAUGAUUAGUCAGAUAGAGAAUACAAGCAUAACUCAACUGGAGAAUCUGUACGGACUAAGAAUGACGGAGAAUUCACUGACGCACAUUCGUCGAGGAGUCUUCGAUCGCAUGAGUUCCCUGCAAAUACUAAAUCUGUCGGGGAAUAAACUAAAGUCCAUUGAUGCUGGAGCCUUACAAAAGAAUACUCAACUGCAGGCCAUAAGAUUGGAUGGUAAUCAACUGAAGAGUAUCGCGGGAUUGUUCACAGAGCUGCCGAAUCUUGUGUGGUUGAAUAUCUCGGGUAAUCGGCUGGAGAAAUUCGAUUACUCGCAUAUACCGAACGGUCUGCAGUGGUUGGAUGUGCGUGCCAAUCGGAUAACCCAGUUGGGCAACUACUUUGAGAUUGAGAGCGAGCUGAGCCUGAGCACCUUCGAUGCCAGCUACAAUUUGCUGUCGGAGAUCACGGCCAGCUCGAUACCGAACAGUGUAGAGGUGCUCUAUCUGAACGACAAUCUGAUAAGCAAGAUACAGCCCUAUACGUUCUUCAAGAAGCCCAAUCUCACACGCGUCGAUCUCAUACGCAACAAGCUGACCACGCUGGAGCCGAAUGCAUUGAGGCUGUCGCCCAUUGCCGAGGAUCGCGAGAUACCCGAGUUCUACAUUGGCCACAAUGCCUACCAAUGCGAUUGCAAUCUCGAUUGGCUGCAGAAGAUCAAUCGGGAGUCACGCACGCAGCCGCAGCUCAUGGAUCUCGAUCAGAUCUAUUGCAAAUUGUCUUAUGCACGCGGCGCCACGCACGUCUCCCUCAUCGAGGCCAAGUCCAAUGACUUUCUAUGCAAAUACGAAUCGCAUUGCUUUGCUCUGUGCCAUUGCUGUGACUUCCAGGCCUGCGACUGCAAAAUGGAGUGUCCCGAUCGUUGUGCCUGCUAUCACGAUCAGUCCUGGACCUCCAAUGUUGUCGACUGCAGUCGCGCCACCUACGAUCGUGCUCUGCCCUCGCACAUACCCAUGGAUGCCACGCAAUUGUAUCUCGAUGGUAAUACCUUCACGGAGCUGCAGAGUCAUGCAUUCAUUGGUCGCAAACGCUUGAAGGUUCUGCAUUUGAAUCACUCACGCAUCGAGACGCUGCACAAUCGCACAUUCUAUGGCCUCUUGGAGCUGGAGGUGUUGCAGCUGCAGAACAAUCAACUACGUGCCCUCAAUGGCAAUGAGUUUCAGGGCUUGGACAAUCUCCAGGAGCUCUAUCUGCAGCACAAUGCGAUUGCCAGCAUCGACACGCUCACCUUUACCCAUCUGUAUCAUUUGAAGAUCCUUCGACUUGAUCACAAUGCCAUCACCUCCUUCGCCGUGUGGAACUUCCUGCCCAGCUACCUCAAUGAGCUACGCUUGGCGGGGAAUCCCUGGAGUUGCCGUUGCGAGUUCAUUGACAAGCUGCGCGACUAUAUGGGACGACAUGAGUAUGUCCAGGAUCGUCAGAAGCUACGCUGCGAGAUGCCUGGCAACAGCACGCAACAGCAGCCGGUGCAAAUGGCCAUCUAUGCCGCCUCCGCUGACUCCCUGCCCGUGGUGCAGUGCAGCCAAACGUUGCAACUGGGCCUGGACAAUAGCUUCAACUAUGCGGAACGGGCAGGUGAUGCCGGCGAGUCCAUCAAUGGCAACAUGACCUCUACCAAGAUGAUACUUACACAGCCGCCCAAGCAGGACUACAUUCCCAUACUGGUCGCCAUACUCACAGCCUUCAUUUUCAUCAUGAUCUGCACCCUGUUGGUGUUCAUCUUCCGGCAGGAGAUGCGUGUCUGGUGCCACUCCCGGUUCGGCGUGCGUCUCUUCUACAAUGGCCAGAAGGAUGUGGAUAAGAACGAGCGGGAGAAGCUCUUCGACGCCUUCAUUUCGUAUUCGUCCAAGGACGAACUGUUUGUCAAUGAGGAGCUGGCGCCCAUGCUGGAGCUGGGCGAGCAACGCUAUAAGCUUUGUCUGCAUCAGCGAGACUUCCCCGUUGGCGGAUAUCUGCCCGAGACCAUUGUCCAGGCCAUUGACAGCAGUCGACGCACCAUUAUGGUAGUCUCCGAGAACUUUAUCAAGUCGGAAUGGUGUCGCUUUGAGUUCAAGUCUGCGCAUCAGUCGGUGCUCCGGGAUCGCAGACGUCGCCUCAUCGUCAUCGUGCUGGGAGAGGUGCCGCAGAAGGAGCUGGAUCCAGAUCUGCGCCUCUACCUGAAGACCAACACCUAUCUGCAGUGGGGCGACAAGCUCUUCUGGCAGAAACUGCGCUUCGCCCUUCCCGAUGUCUCCUCGUCGCAUGCCCAGCGCUCGGGUCAGCCCUGCCACGCCCCCAUCAACCAUCCCGCCUAUCAUCAUCAUCAUCAUGUGCAUCAGCAGCAGCUGCAGCAGCAGCAGCUCCCAUUGCCGUUGCAUGCCGCACAUGCAGUGCCGCCUCCCCCGCAUCCCCAUCAUCAUCAGCAGCAGUUCAUGCUGCCCCCUCCGCCCCUUCAGCCCGGCAGCUUCCGGCGACAGCCCUCGACACAGCAGCUGCAGCGCCCCAAUCCCAAUCCCAACAACAACAAUCAACAGCAGCAGCAGCAGGCAGCGCUGCUUAUGGGAGUGGGUGGUGGUGGCAACGGCGGGGGCGGUGGCGUUGGCGGUGUUGCAACAGCCGGCGCUGCACCACAAAUGAUACCCCUAGCGGGUGGCAUACAACAGCAAAGUCUGCCGCUGCCGCCUCAGGCGACGUCGCAGCCGACGCCAGCGUCACGUAAUCUACACAUGUGAGUUGGAGGAGCAGAGAUAAACAGGUUGUAGUAAGAGACAAGGAAAGAGAAAUGGAGAGCAGGAAAGAGAGCGUAACUAAGUUGAUUUAAACAAAUGCCGUUAUCUUAUAAGGCUUGUGAGAGAGAGAGAGAGGAGAGAGAGAAUCAAAGACAUAACAAAUUUAACAUAACUUAGCUCAUUCUUAAAAACAGUUCAGAAAUAUAGACAGAGUUAUAGAAAAUUAAAUAGAGUGAAGGAGCAUGCGAAAGAGAGCAACAAAAUCUGUGAGAUUAUAUUUGAAAACAUUUGAAAAACUUAUAUUUAUUCAAGUCACAUAGGAUUCGGUUGAAAUGUUCUUAUGUUCAAAUGAAUUAAACUCGAAGCUAAUUUUUUUGAAUAGGAUUCAGUUUGAAUUGCAUUUUUUGUAAACCCAUGCUAGAGUUGACCACAAUUGACAUGGAGCUUACGCGCAAUUCCGAAAGCUUCCUUCGGCAAAUGUAAUGCGAGUCACAGUCACAAGUCACAGUCACAAGUCACAGUCACAGUUACAGUCAAUAUGCAAAUGAAAAGCGUUUAGCGAUAAAAGCCUAGUUACAUGUUAAAAUAGCAGCAACAACAACAACUGCAACAACAACUGCAACAGCUAAGGGGCAAGCAAACGAGUAAAAGAAAGAAUGAACAACUAAAAAAUGGCAACAACAACAGUAAACAGUAAAAUACCAAAUAGUCGGUUAGCUCACUGGCCAAGAGGUGUAGUGAGUGAGAGGGGGAAGGUGAAAGGGGGUUGAGGUAUAGCCAGCGGUAUCUGAAUACCCGGCAUCGGGGGAGCCGAACCGAGCCAAUUGUUGUUGGCCCUGUUCUGUUUUCUUACGGCCAGCUAUUUUCAGUUUCCUGGCUCGUAGCAAGAUUCAGAAAAUUGAUGUUGCAUGCAACAACCAGUUGGCAACAAAAAGGGGGCAGACAGACGUAGACGUUGAAGCAAACGUAAACGUAGCAGACGCAGCCAAGGCCCAAAACAAUUUUUUUUCAUCAUCCUCCUUCUUUUAUUUUUGUUUUUCGUUAUUUUCUCUAUGUACCACCAUCUUUUGUUGUUGCUCAUGUCGUUUUCGUUGGUUGUUGUUGUUGUUGUUGUUGCAACGUUCACUCGUUAGUUCAUCUUAACUGCUGCAUUUUACAGUAACAAGCUUAAGCGUGUGUGUGUGUGUGGGACACAGAAAAUAGGCAACAUCAGAGAGCUCAUGUCUAGGAGCAAAAA